AUGUUGAUGGAAAGCCUGGACACGAAGGAUUCCGAUAUUGCUAGCCGGAUUCAGGAAGCGCAAGCAGAGAACUCUGUCUUCUUUGAUGAAGCCUUCCUACCCGAAGGCAAUGAUCUCACACCGGCAGCCUCGACCUUCACCGCAGACAUGGAAGACGGCGGCGACUUUACGUUCGGCGCCUCGCCCGAACCAGCAAGCCAGUCUUCCCCACCGGCUGAGGAACACUCCUCGUCAAGAGAACGAAGGUCUGACGCGGGGACGAUUGUGUCGGCACAAGCCCCGCACAAUCCAUUAUCGUCCUCGCGAUCAACCGCGCCCCCUCGCGAAAAGCUCACCUCGCUGCGCAGCGGUCGGGUAUUCAACAUGAGGAUGCCGAGGAUGCCGCCAGAAAUGCCCAAGCAAUGUAAGACCAUUCUUGACAUGUUGAGCGAGGCCGUGGCUUUCUACCGGAGUUCUCGCUUGUCAGAAAGCUCUGAACUGUCAGUGAUAUGGUCUGCCAUCAAGAACGGUUUCAAGAGCGAGUUCUAUCGCCGUUACAGCGGCGUGCUGUUUUACAGGCAGAUGGCCCGUCUCAGUAAUGACCAAAAGGUCAGCAUGUCCACGCAAAUGAAAUCUCUCCAGUCACGGUCCAAAAUCUGGCACGAUAUCUGCCAGCUGCGCCACAACUGGGGGGCCGCUCAGUAUGUGCUUCUUUGCGUUGUGCCGGAAAAGCCACAUUUGGAGGGUAUGAACCCACAAGAGCGGCAGGACCAGCUCGAGCAAGUCCGUGAGCGGCUCGAUGAUACGCACAACAGCCUAUCGAGCUAUGUAGAAGCUGCGAAAGGACUAUGCGCAGCUUUGGUCCAAGGUAGUCUCCCAUACGACCGAUUGAUGAUUGAUAACUACCACCUGAAGGCCUAUCAAGAGUUCAUGGAGCCCGAGUUCGCUGCUUACACAAGUCUCGAUCCGCGGGCAGCCAUUCCAAUCUCCAGGUGGGGCCCUGGCUAG